AUGAAACUCAUUGCAGCCAUUAUCGAAAUUGAAGCUAACUUGAAUUCCCGACCAUUAAUAGAAAUGACGAAGGAUUCCAUGCAGAAAACAAAUCAAUGUCUAAACCAAUUUGGGCGCAAUGGUAACAAAUUUAAGAAAACGAUGGGAAGUGGAGCAUCAACAGAGACAAAGUUUACUGAAAGAAAGACUGAAAUAAAUGAAGUAGUAACUGUAAUGAAGGAAGAACAACCAAAAGGAACCCGGAUGUUAGGAAUUAUUGAAGGGGUGAAAUCAGGCGGAAAAGGAGCAAUUCGAAGCGCAACAGUAUGA